CGAACUACGAUAGCGAUACCGUGUCGUACUGGAUACUGUGUAUCUUGUACAUGACCGUGUACUCGAGUAGCCAAAUGUUCGCGACGAAUGAGUUUAUGCCGUUUACGGUAACAUCUCGCGGUGAUUAAUGGGAAGGAGAGGAGGUUAACGUAACUCAGCGACACAUUAUCGACUCGAAAACAGGGAGAGAAACAAGAUUUCUGUCGCUUCUGGACAAGAGGUCGCACAAAUGGUGCGACUGUCGUAUAACGCCAGGUUCUCGAGAUCUUACGAGAAGAAGAAGAGGGUCUUUUAGAAGGGGAAAAGAGCGUCUUUUACGAGGCGGUUUCGUACACGCGCGACGCUGCUUGAGAGCAGCCAGAUCUAGAAUGGCGGAUAAUCAAGCCAACUCGUCGGGACAAGCCGGCCAAGGUUCUAGCAGAUCUUUUACCUUUCCACGAAUGGAUUUUCGAACAAACAACGACGUGCAGAAUGAGAUGUCGGAGAGGCGAAGGCAGCUGAAACUUAGUUUCCAAACACAAGGCAAUAAUUUAUCGUUUGCCAAUUCCACAAAUUCCUCAUUGGUGCAUUCAACGGGAGCCACAGUGUGUCCAAUAGACCGACGCCCAACUCUGCCUUUAUCUUUAUCUAAGCCAGUUCGACCUCGCAAUAUAAUACAACAGCAAGAAAUUCUUCCUGAUAAAGCAAGAGACAAACUGCGAAUGUGCCAGUCUAUGCAAAGUACUGGUAAAUUGCAAUUAUCUCCAGACAUGGUUUAUGAUUUUACAAGCGAAGAUCUUCAGGAUCUUGGAGAAAUAGGACGAGGAGGAUUUGGAACUGUAAAUAAAAUGAUUCAUAGGAUAAGCAAUACCGUUAUGGCUGUGAAGAGAAUUCGCUCUACCGUGGACGAAAGAGAACAAAAGCAAUUAUUAAUGGACUUGGAAGUUGUGAUGAAGUCAAAUGAGUGUCCCUGUAUCGUGCAAUUUUAUGGAGCUUUAUUUAAAGAGGGAGAUUGUUGGAUUUGCAUGGAACUCAUGGACACAUCGUUAGAUAAGUUUUACAAGUUCAUCUAUGAGAGAUUAAAUGAGAGGAUACCAGAAUGUAUUCUAGGCAAAAUUACAGUGGCUACUGUAAAAGCACUGAAUUACCUCAAGGAGGAGUUAACAAUAAUUCACAGGGAUGUGAAACCUAGUAAUAUUUUAUUGGAUCGACGAGGUAAUAUAAAAUUGUGCGACUUUGGUAUAUCCGGCCAACUUGUGGACUCAAUUGCGAGGACCCGGGACGCUGGUUGUAGACCAUAUAUGGCUCCGGAAAGGAUAGACCCACAACGCGCACGUGGUUAUGACGUACGGAGUGACGUAUGGUCGUUAGGUAUCACGAUGAUGGAAGUUGCCACGGGGUACUUUCCAUAUCCGAAAUGGAACUCUGUCUUUGAACAACUUUAUCAAGUGGUACAAGGUGAUCCACCGCGACUUUCUCCCAAUGAAAACGGAAACCAUUUCACUAUGGAUUUUGUGAAUUUUGUGAAUACAUGCUUAAUUAAGGAAGAGACGCAGCGACCCAAGUACAAUAAAUUGUUGGAACAUCCGUUCAUCAGACGAGCGGAGGAAGCGAUGAUCGAUGUUGCAGCAUACAUAAGUGGAGUUUUGGACAAUAUGGCUAAUAACGGAGUGACGCCAUUUACUACAAAUCAACCUUAAGAAUUAAUAAUUUAAGCGGCAAAGCGACAACAGAAUGUGUCAUUACAUCAUCACAAUACCGCGGUUUUUCUCUUCAGACUCUCAUUCUUAGAAUAUGAACGAUAUUACCGCGCAUUCCGAUGAUCUAAUGUAGGUAGCGAAACCAACGAUAGUUCUCGUCGUCGUCUCGCUCUUAGAAUUAUAUUCUUGUGGAUGCGAAACGGUCAUGCGAUAGAGAACGCGUAGAGAUAUGUAUUGAGACAAGCUGGUGGAUUUCGUUAAAUAUUGAAUGAUGACGCAUAUAUUGUCUUUUUCUCCCAUUGUGUCAUCUUUAUCUCCUUUUAUCUUUGUCUCUCUCUUUCUCCCAUAUAACUUUAAAUACAUCGUCGCGAAGAGAUUCUGCUCGUUCCCGAAAAGAUAAUUCUCGGUAACAGUGCGACUUACCUGAAUGAUGAAUUUUUAGUAGAUCGUACAUAUGCGUAUGUAUGUAUGCAUACUUGUGCAUAUGUGUAUGUAUAAUUAUAUCUUGCCUUGUAUAAUUAAAUCUUGGUUUCCACGAUUUUUUAAGCAACGUUACAGAAGCGAAAGAUACCCUAGGCGAAUUAAAUUAGCCAAAUUGAUAUCGAUGAUACACCCGGGUAUUGGCCGUUUUUUGAUCAUUUUCUUAGGACAGGUUUAAAUACGAGUAUCUCAACUGUUAGGAGUGCUGUAAUGUAAUGGAAAUAAAUCAUUGACACUUACAGCGCGAAA